AUCCGUGCCAUCGGCGCUCGAUUGCGCGCGGACUCCCUUCUGCUUCUCCCGGCUCGCUCGCUCUCGGGCCGCGUCUCCCCCGCUCCUCCUCCGGCUCCUCCGGCUCCUCCCGCUCCUCCUCCUCCCGUGCAACUUUUGCCGAAGCCCCCACACGCAGCCAGCCAUGCUGCGCUGAGCUCCGGCCGGGGACUGGCCGCGCGCUGCCCGCCCCGGCACCCGCCCCACCGCGGACCCGCACGGGGGCCGCGGCAGCUCGGCCCUCGGCCUCGGCCGCCCUCCCCGGCCCCCCCGGCCGCCCGCCGAGCCCCUCCGUGCAGGGCCCGGACCGCGGCGGCGGCGGCGGCGGCGCGCCUGCCCGGCCCCCCUCCCCCGGCGCCGGCCGAGUGAGGCGGUGAUGCGGGCGCUGGCGGCCUCGGCUGCGCGGAGAGCGGAGACACAGGCUCAAGAUGGCAGAUUCCGACUGAGUCUGGGGGGGCUGAGAUCGCGCUUCGGUUUCCCUUCUCCGUUGCCAUGAAUCACGGACAUCCCGGCCCCGAUGGCCCCCGUGUACGAAGGUAUGGCCUCACAUGUGCAAGUUUUCUCCCCUCACACCCUUCAAUCAAGUGCCUUCUGUAGUGUGAAGAAACUGAAAGUAGAGCCGAGUUCCAACUGGGACAUGACUGGGUACGGCUCCCACAGCAAAGUCUAUAGCCAGAGCAAGAACAUACCACCUUCUCAGCCAGCCACCACAACCGUCAGCACCUCCUUGCCGAUCCCAAACCCAAGCCUACCUUACGAGCAGACCAUCAUCUUCCCAGGAAGCACCGGGCAUAUAGUCGUAACAUCAGCAAGUAGCACUUCUGUCACUGGGCAGGUCCUUGGUGGACCCCAUAACCUAAUGCGUCGAAGCACCGUGAGCCUUCUUGAUACCUACCAAAAAUGUGGACUCAAGCGUAAGAGUGAGGAGAUUGAGAACACAAGCAGCGUGCAGAUCAUCGAAGAGCAUCCACCCAUGAUUCAGAAUAAUGCAAGCGGGGCCACUGUAGCCACUGCCACCACAUCGACUGCCACCUCCAAAAACAGUGGCUCCAACAGUGAAGGUGAUUAUCAGCUAGUCCAGCAUGAGGUGCUGUGCUCCAUGACCAACACGUAUGAAGUUUUAGAGUUUCUGGGCCGAGGAACAUUUGGGCAAGUGGUCAAGUGCUGGAAACGGGGCACCAAUGAAAUUGUGGCCAUCAAGAUCCUGAAGAACCACCCAUCAUAUGCCCGACAAGGUCAGAUUGAAGUGAGCAUCCUGGCCCGGUUGAGCACAGAGAGUGCUGAUGACUACAACUUUGUCCGGGCCUAUGAGUGCUUCCAGCAUAAGAAUCAUACGUGCUUGGUCUUUGAGAUGUUGGAGCAGAACCUCUAUGAUUUUCUGAAGCAGAACAAGUUUAGCCCCUUGCCUCUCAAGUACAUUCGUCCCGUCCUCCAGCAGGUAGCCACAGCCCUGAUGAAACUAAAAAGCCUCGGUCUUAUCCAUGCUGACCUCAAACCAGAAAACAUCAUGCUGGUAGAUCCAUCUAGACAACCGUACAGAGUAAAGGUCAUCGACUUUGGUUCGGCCAGUCACGUGUCAAAGGCUGUGUGUUCCACCUACUUGCAGUCCAGAUAUUACAGGGCCCCUGAGAUCAUCCUUGGUUUACCGUUUUGUGAGGCAAUUGAUAUGUGGUCCCUGGGCUGUGUCAUCGCAGAGCUGUUCCUGGGUUGGCCAUUAUAUCCUGGAGCUUCGGAGUACGAUCAGAUUCGGUAUAUUUCACAAACACAGGGUUUGCCAGCUGAAUAUUUAUUAAGUGCAGGGACAAAGACAACUAGGUUUUUCAACCGUGACACAGACUCUCCGUAUCCUUUGUGGAGGCUGAAGACACCAGAUGAUCAUGAAGCAGAGACAGGGAUUAAGUCAAAAGAAGCCAGGAAAUACAUUUUCAACUGUUUGGAUGAUAUGGCCCAGGUGAACAUGACAACAGAUUUGGAAGGAAGUGACAUGUUGGUGGAAAAGGCAGACCGACGGGAGUUCAUUGACCUGUUAAAGAAGAUGCUGACUAUAGAUGCUGAUAAGAGAAUCACUCCAAUAGAAACCCUGAACCACCCCUUUGUCACCAUGACACACCUACUCGAUUUUCCCCAUAGUACACACGUCAAAUCAUGUUUCCAGAACAUGGAGAUCUGCAAGCGUCGGGUGAAUAUGUAUGACACGGUGAACCAGAGCAAAACCCCCUUCAUCACACAUGUGGCCCCCAGCACAUCUACCAACCUGACCAUGACGUUUAACAACCAGCUGAACACUGUCCACAACCAGGCUCCCACCUCCACCAGUGCCACUAUUUCCUUAGCCAAUCCCGAAGUCUCCAUACUAAACUACCAAUCUACACUCUACCAGCCCUCAGCGGCAUCCAUGGCUGCAGUGGCCCAGCGGACCAUGCCCCUGCAGACGGGAACCGCCCAGAUCUGUGCCCGGCCCGACCCCUUCCAGCAAGCCCUCAUCGUCUGUCCCCCUGGCUUCCAAGGAUUGCAGGCCUCACCCUCUAAGCACGCUGGCUAUUCCGUGCGAAUGGAAAAUGCAGUUCCCAUCGUCACGCAAGCUCCAGGAGCUCAGCCUCUUCAGAUCCAACCAGGUCUGCUUGCCCAGCAGGCCUGGCCCAGUGGCACCCAGCAGAUCCUGCUCCCCCCUGCAUGGCAGCAGCUCACUGGGGUGGCCGCCCACACAUCAGUGCAGCAUGCCACUGUGAUUCCCGAGACGAUGGCAGGCACCCAGCAGUUGGCAGACUGGAGGAACACACAUGCUCACGGCAGCCAUUACAAUCCCAUCAUGCAGCAGCCUGCUCUAUUGACCGGUCAUGUGACACUUCCAGCAGCCCAGCCCUUAAAUGUGGGUGUGGCCCAUGUGAUGCGGCAGCAGCCCACCAGCACCACCUCCUCCCGGAAGAGUAAGCAGCACCAGUCAUCUGUCAGGAACGUGUCCACCUGUGAGGUGUCCUCCUCUCAGGCCAUCAGCUCCCCCCAGCGGUCCAAGCGCGUCAAGGAGAACACGCCCCCGCGCUGCGCCAUGGUGCACAGCAGCCCCGCCUGCAGCACCGCCGUCACGUGCGGCAGGGGUGACGUGGCCUCCAGCACCACCAGGGAGCGGCAGCGGCAGACAAUUGUCAUCCCCGACACCCCCAGCCCCACGGUCAGCGUCAUCACCAUCAGCAGCGACACGGAUGAGGAGGAGGAGCAGAAACACGCCCCCACCAGCACUGUCUCUAAGCAAAGGAAAAACGUCAUCAGCUGUGUCACGGUCCACGACUCUCCCUACUCCGACUCCUCCAGCAACAACAGCCCCUACUCUGUGCAGCAUCGCAGUGGGCACAACGCCAACACCCUCGACACAAAGGGGGGCCUGGAGAAUCACUGCACCGGGAACCCCCGGACCAUCAUCGUGCCACCCCUGAAAACCCAGGCCAGCGAAGUAUUGGUGGAAUGUGAUAGUCUAGUGCCAGUCAACACCAGUCACCACUCGUCCUCCUACAAGUCCAAGUCCUCCAGCAAUGUGACCUCCACCAGCGGUCACUCUUCAGGGAGCUCGUCCGGAGCCAUCGCCUACCGGCAGCAGCGGCCAGGGCCACACUUCCAGCAGCAGCCUCUUAAUCUCAGCCAGGCUCAGCAGCACAUCACCGCGGACCGCGCCGCCGGGAGCCACCGACGGCAGCAGGCCUACAUCACUCCCACGAUGGCUCAGGCGCCGUACUCCUUCCCGCACAACAGCCCCAGCCACGGCACUGUCCACCCGCACCUGGCCGCCGCCGCCGCCGCCCACCUCCCCACCCAGCCCCACCUGUACACCUACACGGCGCCCGCGGCCCUCGGCUCCACCGGCACGGUGGCCCACCUGGUGGCCUCCCAAGGCUCGGCGCGCCACGCCGUGCAGCACACUGCCUACCCGGCCAGCAUCGUCCACCAGGUCCCCGUGAGCAUGGGCCCCCGGGUCCUGCCCUCGCCCACCAUCCACCCGAGUCAGUAUCCUGCCCAGUUUGCCCACCAGACCUACAUCAGCGCCUCUCCAGCCUCCACCGUCUACACUGGAUACCCACUGAGCCCCGCCAAGUUAUAAGAAAGAACUUGGGAAGUGGAAGUGACUGACCAUGCCAAUCCUUUGCUGUUUUCUGUGACUUCUGAAUGGUAACCUAAAACACCACACUCCCCCACCUUCAAAGGCAAAUGUUACUGUUCGCGCUGCCUCCACAUUAAAUGGUUUUUCCCUACCGUUUCGCUUUCCUUACUUUCGUGUUACUGCUCAUUGACAGCUUCGGUGAAUUUUCCAGGGCACAAUCAUUUCUGACCCGCAAAGCAUCUCCUCACCCUCUUUGUGUGCAUUUUUUAACCAAAUGAAGUAGACAAGGAAAUCACCAUUUGGGGCAGCAGAAUUUCUAGUUUAGCAGAAUCACUGUAUAGAUAUAGAUGUUGAUAUAUAUGUUUGUGUAUAUGUAUCAAACCAAAUUUCUUACAGGCAAAGUAUAUAGCUUUAUGGAUGAGGAGGAAGAGGAGCUUUUUAAAAGUUGGCAUCAGCAUUGGAGUAUUAAAGGAGAGUGGGAUGCGUUCCAGGCUGCAUCUUCAUACAUGAGGCUAAGGCGUGGUGCUGGGCGCUUGUCAUGCCAACUCGCCACAGCAGAGGCAGAUGGCCCUGAAGGGUGCCACUGCUCUCUCUGGGUCCCCAGUGCUCAAGGGCAUGGAUGGGUGAGGGGGCAGCAAAUCAAGAAUGGCUGGAUUUUUCCAUCCCGUUUGCUUUGACCACAUGUAUUGAACUGCAGCCUCUAAUAUUAUAUCAUGUUUCCAAAAAUGGUAUCCAUUAGAAUGGAAAGAGAGUGGAUCUGUAGAAAUGUUUACCUUUCAACUGCCCGUGGAUUCAGAAAGAAACACUCCCCAGAAUGAGAACAGGGAAGAGGGACCUAAUGCCCCUCAGUUCACCAGUCCAAGGAGCAUGACUCCCUCCCCAAGGUCAUCUCACUAGAUCUUUCUGUACCGGCUCAUCUCAGCUCAAUAACCCUACAAAAGCCCUGGUCUGUUGUGUUCCACCACUAUACGGUUUCUGUAAUAAAAAGUGUUAAUCCAUGUUGAUCUUUGUGAAAAUUAUUGCGUGCAACAGUAUUUUCUCGUGUACCUCUUUUUCCUAUGUGAAUUGUCCCUCUUUUCUUUUUUAUUUAUAAAUGUCUACUUUUUUUAAAGACAAACCAAUGUGUUGUAGACCUAUAUGUAACCUAUUCCUUAGUCUCAUAUUAUAGGUAUGUUAUAAGAAUGGAUAUUUUACUUGGCUUUAGAAUGUUUUACAAGGAAACUAAUUCUUAACUGAUCAAGUUCUUGCUACUAAAAUGCUUGUGUUUUUCAUCAUGACGUCGUGUGCUUCUAAAUUAAUAAUCAUUUUCGUUGUAGAAAAAUGGAGUGAAUUUAUAUUAGUCUUGGAAACUAAUAAUAGCAUUGUAAAUUUAUGAGAUGAUUUUAACAGAAAAAAAUUAUAGAAGAAUAUAGUUAUUUUAAUUGUAAUAUUACUAACUGUAGGGUGAGAAAGGGGGGGUCCCAUUGUGGUGAACUAUGUUAUAGCUUGUUACUCACAGUUUCUUUUUGAUCAUUUUUUCGGUCUCUGAGGUGAAACGAGUUAUUAAUUAAAAAUUUGCAAACUCACAUAUGCAUAUUGUAUAUGUGUAGAAAUGUAAUCACACUUUGUCUUGGAAUUACAUUAAACUGUUUGAAAUCACUGUA